GGGUACAGCUCCGCCACGCCACCGCCGGCUCAGAAAGGCCUCCGACCCCUGUACCACUGCCGCCUCACCAUCCCGACCCCGAAAACGAAUGUGUAUGAGCAAGGAACACACCAGUUGCUGCGAGGACAAGCUCAGCAGCUUGCCUGAUGAGAUACUGAUCAUGAUCCUUGACAAGCUAGACCCAUGCACAACAAUAACCACCACUGUCCUGUCAAAGCGGUGGCUGGAUCUUCCUCGGCGACAAUACACCUGUUAUGACCUUUCCGUUUAUGAGAUUCUCCCUCCACGCUACCACAGGCUGAAGAAAAUAACCGUGGAGGCUAAGGCCGGGUAUGAGGCGGAGAAGAAGGCACAUAAUCUGACCGACAGUACUGCUUUCAAAGACAAGUAUGAUCGGUUUUAUGCCAUCAAAGACCAGCAUGAGCAGUGGAUGUGGAAAGUCCAUCUACUCACACCCAUCCUGCAACGCUAUGAGCGUCUCGCCAUGCGACGCUAUGUGAAACGGGUGAAUGCACUUCUUCUGCCUCCCAAUAAUGUUCAGCAACUGUCUAUACAGAAGCUGAGGCUUCAAGCCUUUACGACGAGCAGUUUCAAUCAAUGGAUUCCGGCAGCGGUUGACAGAUGGGGAGUUGAGGAAUUGGAGAUUAUCAUCGAGAACUCUUAUCAACCAUAUGACUUCCGGCUAUUGGAUAGAUGCCAGAAUGUGCGGCUCAAACGCCUUGUGCUAUCCAAUUGCUGUAAUUAUGGACGCACCCCGUUGUUUUUUCAGAGGCUCACAACACUCACUAUGUGCGGUUUAAGUUCACGUAUUCACAUCAUAUAUGAUAUUCUGAUGAAUUGUGUGCAGCUGGUGGAUCUGAGGCUGAAAAAUUCUCCGUAUCACUCGCAAGCUUUUCGCUUCAAUUUUCCUGCCUCAAGGUUAAAGAACCUGCAGUUGGACAAGUGCAGCAUCUGGAAAAUCUAUCUGACUUCGCUGCCUUGUCUUGAAACUUUUGCUUUUCGGGGCCGGCCAGCGAAACUACAGUAUGGCGAGGUGCCUCAACUUAGGCACGUGAGUUUGGACUUCCUGGAAACUGGAGAUAAUGGCGACAACCACAACCUCCGUAGACAGAGUACCUAUGCACUAGGCAAAUUCUUUAAAGGGACGCCGCCACCGCUGGAGUACCUUGUUCUGCAACUGAGAGGGCAUCAGAUGUGGAUUGAACCAACUGCCAUUCCCAGCCGUCUGAUUCAUCUGAAGAAGUUAUUCGUUGCAAACGUGCCAAGGAGCUGGGACACAUUCUGGAUCUUCAUCCUGUUUGCCGCCGCGCCUUUCUUGCAGGCGCUCCAAGUCCACUUCGACAGCAACUCGGAGAAUGCGAGCGCCGCUGGAUCGCUAGACGUGCAGGUGGAGCAACCGCAACAGCAGCACCUUCACCUGAGAGAACUCGUGGUCGUCGGCUUCGACGGAGCGGCGUGGCAGACCGGCUUCGUGAAGCGGGUCAUGCGGGCGUCGCGGUGGCUGCAGCACGUCCACCUGCUUGACGGGCACGUCUUUGAAUCCGAAGAGGCGGGGAUCGUCGACCUGGAGGUAGUCCCGCGCCGGCGGGAGUGGCACGAGUGCGAGCGGUCGGAGGUGCUCGAAGAGCUUGCAGACAGGACCGGCUUUCCGCGGCGCAAGAUAGUUUUGGAAUGAUAUUUCGUAAUGUAGUCUGUGCUGGUGACCGGCCUCCCUUUUUUUGUAUGCGUUGCAGCUGUAUGCCAACGGCCUAAUGGGCGUUAUUAAUUUAACGCAGGGCUCAGGCCUUCUCUUUAAAAAACGGCCUAAUUAUGCUGGCAUAAAAGA